AAAUCCCGUCAAAACAGUCGAAAGUGUGGCAACACGCAAAGAAGAAAAGGUGUUAUGAAUACUUUUGGAAGGCGCUGUGUUGCUGCUGCUGCUGGCUUCACGGUAUCUUGCUGAUGACGUCUUCGACACACUUAUUAUCGGCCGUGUUUUAAUCGUGGCAGCUCCUCGGAGCCCUCCCACGGGCCCGCUCCGUGACGCCUCUCCAGCGGGUUGUCAGAGCUCUUCCCCCCCCUCCUCCUCCUCCUCACUUCAGGCUCAUCUCUCGCCUCCUUCAGGGGGUCAAACUGGGCCUGAUGGCGCACGAGCUCGUCCUUUUACUUUCCCUCUACGCGGUUUUGACGGGGAUUGAGAGCAAGUUUACUUCUGUGCAUGAGUGCUGUGAGGCUGGAAGGGUGGCAGCCCUGAGAAAGCAAGACUGCGCGGCGCUUCCACGUUUCAGCUCCCACAUUUGCAGUCUCAUAUUUAACACUACAUUUCUCAGCAUUGCCAAGGAGCACUGCUGUCGGGCUUUAGCGAGGAAGCGAGCCUGCGACACUGGCGUUAAGGUGGCCCGUGGUCACGGGGUCUGCGAGCGGCCCCUCUUCACAAGCUCCAACUGGGAAGCGCAAAUUUCACAGUCAUGCUGCGACUGCUGCACACUGGGUUUGAAAACAGACAGCACGGGCUUCAGUUGCGACUUUCGGGGCCUGCAGCUGGACAAGCAGUGCUCUAACGCGGCUAAAGCCUGCUGUGAGAAACCCAAGGACACCACUCCGUCUGCUAAAGGACAAGAAGAGCUUAAAGUGUCGAUCUCCAGGCCUCCAGACGAACCAAAUACCUGCAGAGAGCUCAACUGCUCUCAGCUGUGUGUCGGUAACGGAAGAUGCGUCUGUAACGACGGCUUCCGGCUGCAAAGGGACGGAGUGACGUGUGAGGAUAUUAACGAGUGUCUCGCGGGCAGCCACAGCUGCAGCGCCGAGCAGGUUUGCAUCAACACGGACGGCUCGUUUCUCUGUCGGCUCAGCUGCCACCCGGGAUUCACAAUCGCAGACAACAUCAUUUGCAAAGACAUAGAUGAGUGCGCUGUGGGGAGCCAUAACUGUGGAGCGGACUACGCUUGCAUCAACACACCCGGCUCGUUCUACUGCGACCUGAAGGUGGCGUGCAGAGACGGUUUCACUCUGGACGCUUCCGGAAAUUGCAUCGACAUCAACGAGUGUCUGCUCCUUUCCAACCCGUGCCGACCCGGCCAGACUUGCGUCAACGCCGUUGGCUCUUACGUCUGCCUCGGGAAUACGGUCGUCUGUCGGCAGGGUUACCAUCCAGCGGCGGACGGGACGCGCUGCGAAGGUCUGAGUUUAAGUCGUCUGAAAUCUGCCUUCUCUUUCAAUUUCCGCCCGUUCACAUCCCCCCUCCCCCUCUCCCUUGCCCCAGAUGCGGACGAGUGUCUCGUCGCCGACGUGUGCGGCAGCCACGCCUGCGUGAACCUGGACGGGUCGUACCGCUGCGAGUGCAGAGCGGGCUACCGCUUGAGCAACGUCACCGGAGUCUGCGAAGAUAUCAAUGAGUGCAAGUAUUACUCCCGGCGACUCUGCGGGCACAUAUGUGAGAACACGGAGGGGUCUUAUCAGUGCAGGUGCAUAUCCGGCUUCAGCUUGGCUCCGGACGGAAGGACCUGCGAAGAUAUCAACGAGUGUCUGACUGGCCGUCACAACUGCGCCAGAGGUCAGGUUUGCCUCAACACCGAGGGCUCGUUUCACUGCCAGCGCGAAAUCGCCUGCAACACCGGCUACAAACUCACAGGCAGCUCUUGCCAAGACAUCGAUGAGUGCGCUUUGGGGAGACAUGACUGCGGGGCAAAUUCCGCUUGCGUCAACACGGCCGGCUCGUUCUACUGCGAGCAGAAGCGGGUGUGCGGAGACGGUUUCGCUCUGGACGCCGCCGGCGGCUGUGCCGAUAUUGAUGAGUGCUCGGCCCAAACCGGUCCAUGCCAGCCCAGCCAGACGUGCGUCAACACGGUGGGCUCCCACAGCUGCCUCACUAAUGCGAUCGCUUGCCCACGAGGGUUUCAUCUGAGCGUGAACGGCACACGGUGUGAAGACGUGAAUGAGUGUAUGGUUGGCAGUAAGUGUGCCAAGCAUGUGUGCGUCAACCUGGAAGGACUGUACCGCUGCGAGUGCAGAAGUGGCUACAUGUUCAACGGCGUCACCAAACUGUGCGACGAUAUCAAUGAGUGCACCCAUUAUCCCGGUCGACUCUGCGCCCACAAGUGUGAGAACACAGAGGGGUCGUACCGAUGUAGCUGUGCCACCGGCUUCAAGCUGGCUUAUGGUGGCAGAGACUGCGAAGACAUCAACGAGUGUGAGGACAAACCCUGCAGCCAGGAGUGCACCAAUGUCUACGGCUCGUACCAGUGCUACUGUCACCGCGGUUACCAGCUGAACGACGUCGACGGGACAACGUGUGAAGAUAUUGAUGAAUGCACGCUGCCAAACGUAUGUUCUUACCAAUGUGUCAACACGCCUGGUGGUUUUAACUGCACCUGCCCCACCAGUGGUUACACACUCUCGUACGACGGACGUACUUGUCAGGACAUUGAUGAAUGUGCUGCAGGAACUCAUUCUUGUUCUGCCAAGGAGGCCUGCUUUAACGUCCAGGGAGGAUUUCGCUGUCUGUUCUUCGAGUGUCCUCCUAACUUCAGGCGAGCAGGAAAGGGAUCCGGAGGUAACGCGUCCGCCGUGGUGCGUUGCGUCAAGGCGUGCCAGGAACGCGACGGCGACUGCGCUCGCGACCCCGUCCGCAUCAUCACCUCCACGGCUCUGUCUCUGCCGACCUCGCAACGCUUAAAGGAGCCAGAGGAGAUCGUGUUGCUGCGGACGUCUGCGGCAGCGAAACAAGAUCUUCUCCCGGACGAGCCGGAUGUGUUGUUUGACAUUUUAGCAGACGACGAGCUGCUCUCUUUCGACGUGAUAAAGCGUGCGCAAAACGACAUGCUUGUCGGGGUGAUCCGCCAGAUCAAGCCCAUAUUGGGCCCAAAGGAGCUCAUUCUGGAGGUGUCCAUGAAGUAUGUCCAGUCAGGAGUCGUUUCUCAACAAAACAUCGUCCUCAUUCACGUCUUCAUCUCCGAGUUCUGGUUCUGAGAAGGGAAUGUAAAGGUUUUAUAGAUAAUUCUACUGGUUAAAAAUGAGAAGAAAAAAAAAACAUGACAUAAUUAAUGUAAAUAUACAUCGACAAGGAAAACAGUGGCAAAUUUCAGUUUGUGUGGAGGUUGUUUGCAUAGUGCUUUGAAUUCAGUUACAGGUGUUGAUAGUAACCAGCGCAGGUUACUAACAUGCAAGGAGAGAUUUUUGUGCUCCACAGUCUUCAGCCUCUGUGAGGUCGUAUGUAUGCACAACAUGGUUCACGUUUCAGGCAAAUUGCAUUUUUUAUUUUUUAUUUUUGCAAAGAUGACACUAUGCCUGACGGGAAAUUGCAGAUUUACAGAUAAAAGGUUUUGUCAGUCUAAUUGAUCAGACGCAAAUAGCUAUAAAUCUCCAAGAUAUGCUACUAAUGUUACUUGGAAAAAAUAUACCAGAAUAUUUUAUAUUAUUUCCAGGCGAAUUGGAGUAUUUCUGUGAUUCUUCGUGAGCAACAUGAAGGAUGUUGAGGUUAAAUAUGAAAUUUGGAAUCAAUGAAAGUGAUCAUUUUGCCCCGUCUCCUCAGACAUAGAUUGAUACUUGAAAUUCUUUUUGCUAGCUGUAGUCACACUGCGUACCUUUCUAGAGACACUUGCUCUUACAAUGCUGUGCUUUCAUUUUUUCACCACAUGGUAACACAAUGCUGCACUCAUGCCGAUACGGGCAUUAACACAAAUAUAUCAAAUGUUAAUUUCUUACCAGAUGCUUAGCUAAAGCUUUUGUCUUUUAGCCAUAUGUUAAUACAAUGCUAAGUUUUGUAUGUUAGCAAUAUGCUAAUACCUUGCUAAGCUUUCAUAUGGUAGCAAAACCCUAAUAAAAAGCUUAGCUGUCAUUUGUUUACCAAGUGCUAAUGCAAUAAGGUUUAAUCUGUUAGCCAAAUGCUAAUACAGUCCUAACCUUUCACUCGUUAACCAGAUUCUAAUACAAUGCUUAGCUUUCAUUUGUUCAACAAACUCUAAUAUAGCACAAAGCUUACAUCUGUUAGCCAAAUGCUAACAGAUGUAAGCUUUCAUUUAUUAGCCAGAUGUGUUGAAAUAUUUCAAAGCAGAAUUUGCAGGAAAAAAAAUUAUUUAGAAGGUGCCCAGUCAGUUCUUCUACGCAUCAUAAAAGUGUUUCAGUUUAGAGUUUGUUGCCUUCACUCUUUGUGAAAAUGUUUUCAUUGUUUUGUUUUGUUUUUGUUUUGGCGUUACUUUCCUGCCAAAAAAAAUCUGUAAGCAAAUAAAGCACACAAACUGUCCUCAAACAUUGCACACACAUAAAACAUACUUUGCAAACUGUUAUCCCCUACAAAGCAGUGUACUCUACUGGGUUAUAGAGUACACUGCUUUUCAGUUGUCUGAAUAUCACCCUCCUGUGGUGUCAAGGUUCUGUCUAAGGUAUGACAUGACUGUUGGCAGAAAUUUGGCGCAGAGCGUUUCGUAUGCAAGUAGAGCUUGUUUUGUACUCGAGGACAGUUUGUGAGAUAAGUUUUAUAUGUGGGCAACAUGCUUUAUUUGUUUGCAAUGUUUUUUUUGGCAGAACAAUUUGUGAAACAUAUAUUAUUUGUGUGCAGCAUGCUUUAUUUGUUUGCAAAAUUUUGGCUGGAAAUUAACUCCAUAUUUUGUGGACUUGCUUCUUCUGAUGCCAGACUUCUGCAUUUAAGUGCUUGUAUUUAACUGACGCAAUAGUGUUUUUUUCACAAAAAAAAAAACAUAUAUAUAAAAAAUUAAUAAAACCAUCUGUGAAUAAUAAAAACCUUCA